CCUGAUCCAUCCCGGCACCACUACCCCACCACGCACACACCUCGCCGCGCCGCUCCGCUCGCGUCAAAACCCCAGACCUCAACUGCGGCGCACGGGAACUGCAUGGCUCGCUUCCUGCUCACACCGGCAUGGCUGGUCCCAAUCACCGUCGGCGACCCGCAGGCCACGCUGCUCAACCUGGGGUGCAGCCAGUACAACGCCACGACCGCGGCCACCUUCAUCGCCGGUUCGCCGCCCUCAACUCCACAUUCGCCGACCUCCGCGCCAACCUCUCCUCUGGCGACGGAGCCGCGCGCCGCCUCCCCGUCGUUCGCGAUGGCGCAGUGCCACCCCUACGUCAUCGUAGGCGGCUACGUUGCGUGCUUCGACGCCGCCGCCGCGCGCCUCCGCGCCGCCAACGGCGGGCGCGCCAUCCUCGACGGCUGCGUGCUCCGCUACGAGGGCAGCCUUCUUCGAUCAGACCACGCUCCCGGGAAACACGCAGCUCUGCAACGGCUCCGCCAUGCCCGGCGGCGGCUUCGCCGACGCGGCGCGGGCGCUGGUCGGCGACCUCGAGCGCAGUGCCUGAAGGUGGCGACGGGAACAUCGAUGGCUGCCCAUCAAUCUGGAUUUUCUCUUGGCCUGGAAGCUAUAUGAAACUCACAACUUAAUGGGCUUGGUGGACCAAUCACUAGAUCCAGAAGAAUAUAGGCCUGAAGAGGUAAAAAGAAUCAUCGAGAUAGCGCUUCUCUGCACUCAAUCAGCUGUUGCCGCAAGGCCAGUGAUGUCACAGGGUUGUGUUGUUGACAAGAAAUGAUCCAGAGCUCAAGACCACAAGACCCACUUUUAUGAUGCAACAAGUAGAGUGCGAGGUGAAACAUCAUCCUCCAAUUCAUCUUCUGCAUCCAAGGCCACUGUAUUAACUUCACAGUUUUGAGCCAGGUAAAAACCGUUGUAUAUGACUGCAUCUUUUUUAUGUGUAGUGAAAAUGAU